GCUUUCUCCCAGCGUUCGUCGGUGAACAGCCAACCAGCGAUCGCAACGCAUGUCUGCUCUCCUACUCAGCCUACUCCUCCCUUGCCCUGCCCACAUGUCACACCCUCACAACAACCACAACCACCACCAGCAGUUGUCGCUGUUGCUAGCGCUGGCGCUGCUGUAUGCUGGUGGUUUCCACGGCAUCACUGUGGCAGCCACAACCCCACCGUCUUUGCCACAGCAAGCACUGCCUGUCAACGAUGCAACCCAUGCUGCGCUGUGCACGGAUGUGGAUGCCACUGUUGAUCUCCUGGUGCGCACGCUGGAUGACUUCCGUGUGCCAUUCACGACGAUCGCCACUGCUCCUCCAAGUUUCGACAACAGUAGCCGCUACCGACCACCACACAUGAGGGACAGCUACGCCGGUGCCGCCCACAACCAUUCAAGGCGGCCCGUUGUCCAGUUGACGUCCAUCCAACGCAUGAUGCGCGCGUUCGGCUGCCCACCACAGAACCCAAGCGAGCUUGUCUCAACAGGACCGACCCCAGAACAGGUGAACAGCCGCAUCAGCAGCCCCACCCUUCAAGGUGCAACUGUACCAGCUACGCAGAGGUUUCGACAGCGGCGUGAAGCCGACGACAGUGUAGUUGGUCGGUGCUACUUUGCUGCUGUUGUGGACGGGACAUGCCCAGGCCCAUUGAACAACAACAGCCUCACCAUUGUGUUCCGCGGCGAUGAGCAUGUGGACAACGCCACCGACGUUGCAAACCUGCGGGCCAUGUCGGCCAGGCUUGUUGGCUUGGACCUGCGUGGGGUUGUCCGCGAAGCCCCCUUGCGUUUCUUGGCAGCAAACGGCAACUGGCGCCUGUGCCAGCUCGUCAUUAUCCAGGGUGUUCAAGUGACAUCCUUCGACAUGACGAUCCUCAACCCCUUUUCCGGCCUUCUACGGCUUGCCGUGCGCAACAGCGAAGUCUUGCGCCACGUCGCUGUCCACAACUUCGCCUCUGCUGGGCAGCUUGUGCACCUUGACAUCUCCAAUAAUUCGUUGACCUCGUUCCCGGACCGAUCCUUGGCUGUCCUGACGUCGCUUGAAACCCUCGACUUGACGUAUAACCGGCUUGGACGCAUCGAUGAAGGCAUGUUCGCCGGCCUGUCGUCCCUUCUCGUGCUGAACCUCCAAAACAAUCUCAUCACACACCUCGCCGCCACUGCAUUCGAUGUCCUCACACGGCUGGAGUUCCUCGCGCUCAACCACAACGACAUCACGACGCUUCCCCCACACAUCUUCCGGAACCUGGGACAGCUUGCCCGCCUCUUCAUGUCCGACAACCCAAUCAGGGACUUGCACGCAAGCACGUUUCAGGCGCUUACGGCUGUGCAAGCCCUCUUCCUCAACAACCUUCUGUUGACGCAACUGUCCUCCUCUUUGUUCAGCGCCAACACCCAGCUCACAGACUUGCGCCUGGACAACAACGCCCUCACCAGCAUGCCAGAUGCCGUCUUUGCGCGUCUCUUUGCGCUGCUCACCCUCAGGCUCUCAUCAAACGCACUCACUUUGAUUGGCCCAGGCCUCCUUCGAGACUUGACAGCACUGCAAUCGAUUGACCUCAGCAACAACGCCCUCACAGCCCUGCCCCAGGGCCUGCUCGACUCCUGCCCACAUUUGGGCAUCUUCUCCUGCAAUCGCAACCAGCUCACCACGUUGCCUGCCGGCCUCUUCCGAAACACGAGCCUGCUGGGUCUGCUGUUCCUCACCAACAACAGGCUGGAGUCACUGGCAGAUGCGCUUGACCACAACCGUGCAAUCUUGCGUGACCUUGACUUGGAAGGAAACCAGCUCACCCGCGUCACGUUUGCCACAGAGGCGCACAGCCUUCAGGUCCUCAACCUUCGACACAACCCCAUUCAGGUGCUGCCCGAUGUGUCCAAGUUGCCAAGCUUGCGGGAGUUGAGGUUACAGAACCACCUCAUAACGAGGUUGGACUUGACACCCAUCGUCACCCGCACGCUUUCGAUCGUCCAGCUUGACGCCGCUGCACACGUGCGCUCGACGGCUGUCAUCGACGCUGACACGCUCUUGCACUCGCAAGCCGUUCCCCGCCACACCCUCAGCCUGUUGAACGUGGACGCAAGCAGCGCUUUUUCGCUGCUGGGCCGCUUUCCAGAGUUCAAGCUGCAGGUGCUGCAUGCCGGCUGGGAGGGGGCGGCGGCCGUGACGCUGCCAAAGGCCGUACUGUGCUCAAUGCUUGCAGCCGACGUGCGAGAGCUGCAGUUGCACCGCACAGGAUACGAGCUGCUGCCACUCUGCGAAGGCAAGCGGUUUGGUACAGUUCUGCUGCAAGACAACCGGCAACUGGAGACUGUGAUUGCGCCCACCGCACUCGCGCAGCUCAAUGUGUCUGGCUGCACCCGGCUCACGGCGAUUGACGCCCCUUUCAUCGACGUUCUUGACAUCAGCGAGACGCGCGUGCAGGCAAGCGUUGCCUUGUGCACGCGAUGGGGCCGCCGCAUCCUCUUUGCACGCAACAUGCCGGAGGAGACAUUCAGCACUGACCAGCUUAGUGCCGUCACAGCAACAUGCUUGCGCACUGUUGACAUGCUGGAUAUUUCACAUAACACGUGGUUGGACCGCCCAGGUCGCCUCACCGCGGCAGUUGGCGAGGUGGUGGCGUUGUCAAACCAGCGUGUCAGUACGCCCCACUCGGACCACAUUGAGUUUCGGCCAACGCCGCCCGUGUUCCAGCUUACUGAUGCGCCUGUGGAAUGCACCCUACUCAUCUUCCACCGAGCGCUGACCGUUGUCAUGUCCUUGGAGCUCACCAACGAGCUUGUGUACUCGUUCGAGUGCGCGUGCGCGCAGGGUCAUCACAUGGACGGUGAGCGGUGUGUGCGCAACGAGCCCAACGUUGCCGGCGUUGCGGUUGGCUCUGUGAUUGGCGGGCUGUUCUUUGGCCUGCUCAUGGCCUGGCUGUCACGCCGCUACCGUGGCCUGACCAAGCGCAUUGGCCUGCAGGAGCAGCUACUGGUGGAGCGAGACGAAGAAGUGAUGGCGCUGAAGAAGGCGUGGGAGAUUGAGUACGAUGAGCUGAGGAUGAUCAAGCGGGUGGCUGCGGGUGCGUUUGGCGUUGUGUUCAAGGCAGAGUGGGACACGGUGAUGGUGGCAGUCAAAGUGCUGCAGCAAGGGGUGAUGAUGUUUGACGAGAGCACGGUGCUUGAGUUUGAGAAGGAGGUGGAAUUCUUGCAGCGGACACGCCACCCCAACGUGGUGCGGUUCUUUGGCGCGGGCACCGACCCCAACGGCAGCCCGUUCCUGGUGCUGGAGUUUGUGGCAAUGGGAUCCUUGAAAGACUUGCUGGGGAAGAAUAUGGGGGAAGUGUUGAUGGGGGUGGAGCAGGGCGCUAAUGGCGGUACAGGUGCAAGCGUGAUUGCAGAGGAUGAGGACGAGUUGACGUUGGUGAGCACAGAAAGUGACAGAAGGGCUGAGACGAUGACUGUGUGGGAGUUAAAACUGCGCCUGCUGCGUGACGUUGCCAGUGGCAUGGCUUUUAUCCACAGCCUCGACCAAAUGCACCGAGACCUGAAGAGCGGCAACGUGCUGGUGUCAUCAUCACUGCGCGCCAAAAUCACGGAUUUUGGGUCCAUUCGCCAGUGCUUCACGCGUGACAGAAACCAGCAGCAAAGGACACGCCUGUCCUCAAGCCAUGAUGAUGAUCCCCAGUACAGCAAGCAGGCCGGACUACAGACAAUGACGAGCAUGACGCUGACGGCUGGCGUGGGGACACCGCUGUACAUGGCGCCAGAGGCAUUGACGGGCGACAAGUACAGCUUUGAGGCAGACAUUUUCAGCUUUGGCGUGCUGAUGUGGGAGGUGGGGACGCAGCGUGUGCCGGAUUUGAUCGAGCAGGAGAAGGGGAGCGGGUACCGUGGUCCGAUCCUCGCCACACUCUUCAACUUGAUGAAGGAUGGGAAGCGGUUGCGAUUUGAAGACAGCGAACAAGAUGCCAUCCCCGAGUGGUUCCAGUCACUGACGUACAAGUGCAUGGCGCAAGACCCGCGUGAGCGGCCAUCGUUCGGAGAACUCAAGGACCACCACUUUGCUUGAUUGUGCGUGUGUUUGCAUGUGGGUAUGUGUGUGUAUGUGUGUGUGUGUCCGUGUGCAUGUGUGCGUGUGUGCGUGUGUGUGUGUGUGUGUGUGUGUGU